AUGGCCCGGAAGAUGUGGAACAUCCAGCGGCCUUGGGAAACGGUGCCUGAGGACCAGGAGGAGGAAGCGGCCACCAACACUGAGCCCCAGGGAGUUCAGGCAGAGUACUUCCGGCCGCCGGCUCGGGACAAGCUGGGGGUCGCAGUGUCACGGAACUUGGGAAAGCCCCCAGCCAUGACGCUGACUUACUGGGAGAAAUGGAACAUGGUGUGGCUGGCAGCGAAUUUUUACAUUCACUUCGGCUGGGAGAUCAGCUUGCUGAACUUCUUCGACUACGCUGAGUGGAAGGAGGGGUUCAAAUCCUGGAAUCCAUUCUGCCAAGCCUUCUUCAGCUACGGCGACUACGACCGGCGCUACAAACUGAAGCCGCCAGCCGACUACCAUGGCACGAAGGCCAGCAUCGACAAGGUCGUCUUGGCAGUGGAAGUGCCUGCCGGAAUCAUCGACGGUGCGCUCUGCUGCCUUUGGCUGAAGGGAAUUCUGGACAAUGCCUGGUACAGGUAUCCGGUGCAGCUUGUCGUCAGUGCACUGCACGCCUUCGGCACAGUCGUGUUCUGGUCAGAUGAGCUGGUGCCAGGAUGGAUGAACUGGAUGAGAGGCAAAGGUUGGAAGUGGACCCACACGGAUGGACCCAAGUCUAUCCACUGGUGGUGGGCCUUCAUUGGAUCGAAUCUGGUGUGGGUGGUCGUUCCGAUGAUGUACGCCAAGAGCGCGAUUGAUGUCAUCAAGCCUGCGAUGCAAGCGCUCAAGAAUUGA